GUAAAACGUAAAGAGCUCCCACUCCCAGACAUGCCAGAGGCAGAACCUUUGAUAAUUUUUGCUAUGGCGGCACUGGAAGUCCAUGCGCAUCCCUUCAUGAACAUAAUCGCAGUUCAGAUGUGGCUUGAAAAGAUUUUUGGAGACAGAAAUGUUCCCGCCUAUGAGCUUAACAAGUUUACUGUAGAGACAUUGACAGAUUUAAUGCAAAGAAAUGUUCGUCAAGAAAAAAACACUCAGCUUCUUAUAGAGGACUAUAGACAGAAAGCAGAAGAAUAUGGAGCUGAGAAUCGCCGUCUGGAAGGUAUUCUGGACAGCCUGGGUAUGACCAGUGGGUCCCUCUCACAGUCUGGUGUGAUGAGCCUGCGCACGCUGGCCAACCUUGCCUUGACACUCAACACAGCCGACGCAACAGACACCAGACUGUUGCUGGCGCUGGGUUGGCUAGAGGAGGAGACCGGGAGGGUUGGAGAGGCACGGCGCACACAACAGAGGCUUCUACAGCAGCUGACCCACGACAUACAGGCCGCACGUAUCAAACACUCCACACUCAGCAAGGCACUAGAGGACCUGGAAUCAAAGGCCAGUGCAGAGCAAUGUGAAGUGGAGAAACAGGCCCAGAACACGCUGUUCAUGAGAAACAAGGCCAAGGAAUACAAGUCCCACACGCAGAAAAUGGAGGUGAUGCUUGAGAAAACACGAGUUGAUCCCUCUAUCUACCACCAGACACUCACACAGAGAGCGCAGGAGCUGGAUAGACUGAAGCAGCAGAUUGUACCCCUGAGAAAGCAGCUGGAGUCUUACCAUGGCCUACCCCCAGAUGCUAUUCAGGCCCAUGUGAGGUUAGAGGAAUUGAAAGAGACAGUGUCUACAUUGGAGGAGGAGGUAAGAAGAAAAAUAGACGUGAUGCAGAUUUGAGUCAAUGGCGAGCCUUGCUAUGAGUGACAUGUCUGACCUUCCUAGAGAAAUGUCAUGCCUUGCUAGUGUAGACAUGUUAAAUGUAUUUGACAUGGCAAAAGUCUUCAAAUUCCAAGUCUUAGACUCAAGUGGUGAACUGCUUGGUGUAGAAAAGCUAUUCAGUGAGGACACUUUCAGCUUUUAUGAGUGCGGCUCAGUGGAUAGGAAUUGUAUUUUGGUUGAGCUUGUGUUAUAUUAACUGAGAUAGUCAGGAUUACUGUUAGUUCUCACAAAUAUUUAGUUAUACAUGAGAGAACAUUUCAUGUUACAUGCAUAGAUAAUUUGUGAUUCUUAUAAUGGACUUGAGUUGAGAACAUUUGGUUCAAAAUUCAAUUACUUUUUAAGUGUAACAAAAACAGCCAUGUUUUGGUUUAACCCAUUUAUGCCUAGCGUCUAGAAAAAAGGCCUCGGCAAACAGCGUGGACCCAGAUGAGACGCCGCAUGAUGUGGCGUCUCAUCAGGGUCUGCGCUGUUUGCUUAAAGAAAUUUCUGUAAGACAUAUUCUAAAUAUAGACAUAAAUAUACUAGACAUCCCUAAUUUUAGAAAUAAAUUGAUCCAAUUUAGAAGGAGGGGAGAGUCCACUAGGCAUAAAUGGGUUAACAUCAUUGAUUAAAUGAUCAUGUUGAUGUUUAACGUAUUGCAUUUAUCAAAUAUGCAUGUUGAGCUAGAUACAGCCUGUGCAUAUGCUUGCUAAUAUACUCAUACAAAAUGUUUUAAUAUGUCUUACAUUAUAAGGAUAAUUUCAAUUAAAUGUUUAUUGUUAGAGGUUGCAAAUUAGUUUGAACAUUAAAAAACUCAAUAAUUAUCUUUAAUGGCUUGGAAGGAAUAUUUUGAGCAUUAUAUAUUAUGACAUUGUUAUUCGUAAACGGCAUAAAAUAUUCAUUUUAUGAAAUAAAUUACAAUUAUCUCUA